AGCCAGUAUCCUUUUACACAAGAAAAUCUCUCAGUCCCUCUAAAUUUCGGAGGAAGAGAAGAAGAAGAAGAUGGAGAAUGGAGGAAGGAAGAGAUGGGGUUUCCAGGGAAACGAAGAGCUGGACAAGGCAGCCUCCAUCACCAUUAGAGGAGUUCUGAACAAAGUUAUGUCCAAUCUCAAUCCACAAGAUCACAGACCUGUUAUUCCUCUCGGCCACGGCGACCCUUCCGCCUUUUCCUGCUUCCGCACCACUCCCGUCGCCGAAGACGCCAUCGUCGACGCCCUUCGCUCCCGGAAAUUCAACUCCUAUGCCCCCACCGUCGGCAUUCUUCCUGCCAGGAGGGCUAUAGCAGAGCACCUCUCUCAUGAUCUUCCAUACAAGCUAUCCCCAGAUGAUAUUUUUCUCACAAUUGGAUGUGUACAAGCAAUUGAACUCAUCAUAAAGGUCCUUGCUCGCCCUGGUGCCAACAUUCUGCUUCCAAGGCCUGGUUACCCGUUCUAUGAAGCUCAUGCCGCGGCUAACCAUCUCGAAUUCCGUCACUUUGAUCUUCUUCCAGAAAAGGGUUGGGAGGUUGAUCUGGAGGGGGUCAAGGCUCUUGCAGAUGAGAACACUGUUGCUAUGGUUAUCAUCAACCCUGGAAAUCCUUGUGGCAAUAUCUUCACUCAUGAGCAUUUAAAGAAGGUUGCUGAAACUGCAAGAAUGCUUGGGAUUCUUGUGAUUUCUGAUGAAGUGUAUGCCCACCUUGCUUUUGGGGGUAACCCUUAUGUGUCAAUGGGGGCAUUUGGGUCGAUUACUCCUGUUAUCACACUUGGAUCCAUAUCAAAGAGAUGGAUUGUUCCUGGUUGGAGACUUGGUUGGCUUGUGACCAAUGAUCCUAAUGGCAUCCUCCACAAAUCCGGGGUUGUUGAAUCCAUUGUGAGCUCUCUCAAUAUUUCCUCUGACCCUGCAACCUUCAUUCAGGGGGCUGUUCCUCAAAUCAUUGAGAAAACAACAGAUGAUUUCUACUCGAAGAUCAUUAGCAUACUCAGAGAAACUGCGGACACAUGUUUUGAUAGAAUUGAAGAUAUCCCUUGCAUGACCUGCCCACAGAAGCCAGAAGGAUCCAUGUUUGUGAUGGUGAAGCUAAACCUGUCUCUGCUGGAAGACAUUGAGAAUGAUAUGGAUUUCUGUAUGAAGCUGUCUAAAGAGGAAUCAGUAAUUGUUUUGCCAGGUUUUGCUGUGGGAAUGAAAAAUUGGCUUAGAAUAACUUUUGCCAUUGAGCCUCCCUCUCUGGAAGAUGGACUUGGGAGGAUCAAAGCCUUCUACCAGAGGCAUGCCAAGAAGCAAUAAGACUUGAAUUGGCAUCAAGACAACACAAAUUAAUAAGCAGCCAUGAUCAACAACUGCUGGUUGGAUCUCAUGCUCCAUUGAAGUUCCUAUGUAAAACUAUGUUGUUGUUGUUGUUAUUGAGAUGAUUUCUUAAAGCUUUUUAAUAAUAAUUUUAUUAAAACUUAGGUCGUGUCUGAAACUGCUGUUGAGAAUAGUUUUUAACUCAAAAAACAUGUUUGGCAAGCUUUAGAUA